CCUUCUGCGAGAGUUCACACCUCUCACAUCAGUGCUCGGUGCAGUUCAAGAGUUUACACAGAAGUUCAUCGUUCAGAAAAGUCGCUGGGAAACUUAUCUGAAGAUGUUUUGAAGAUCGGCUGCUGGGGAAUAUACGAUCCAUGAAAGAAGAUGGGAUGUCUUUCUAUCAAAACCGUCUGUAAAGGCACAGCGCUUCUGAUCUGUGUCAUUCUUCAGGGGUUGAAUGCGCAGACUGUUACAGCAGCUCCAGCCACUACAAGCUCUCCUUCAACUGAGUCUCAAACAUCAGCUCCUUCAACAGCUCCAGCAACUACAAGCUCCCCUUCAACUGAGUCUCAAACAUCAGCUCCUUCAACAGCUCCUGCCACUACAAGCUCUUCUUCAACUGAGUCUCAAACAUCAGUUCCUACUACAGCCCCAGCCACUACAAGCUCUCCUUCAACUGAGUCUGAAACAUCAACUCCUUCAACCUCUGCAACUACAAGCUCUCAAACAUCAGCUACUCCAAGACCAAAUGUGAUCGAGAAUCUUACAGUAACUGAAAUCUCCACAUCAUUUGUGCUUCUGAAAUGGGAUAAACAACUCGAAAUGGGGUCUUCCUUCAAAGUUCAAUGGACUGCUGAUGAAACAUAUGGCAAUGUAACAGUCACAGUCACAAAUGUAACAGUUGCUGGUCUGACUGCUGGAGUCAAUUACACAUUUUGCAUCACAGUCGUUGUAGCAGAUACAUCAACAGGACCUGUCUGUAUCUCAGCAUGGACCAAACCGGAUGUGAUCAGGGAUCUUAAUGUGACUGAAAUCACAACAUCAUCUGUGUUUCUGACAUGGAAUGAACCAGCUGGAAAUAGAUCUUUCUUUAAAAUUAACUGGACUGACGAGAAUUUGGACUUGAACAGAAAUUAUUAA